UAUAUAAUACUCUACAAUAUAGCUUGCUAGAGAUUUGUUAAACGCUUUUCCUCACAAAGAAAAAAGCAAAAAAAGAAAAAAAGAGAAAAAACUGUUGGGGUUUCUGAAUUUGAUUUUUUGAAUGGCGACGUUCAGCGAAGCACCGGCCGGCGACGCGAAAUCCGGCGAGAAGAUCUUCAAAACUAAGUGCGCACAGUGCCACACCGCCGAGAAAGGCGCCGGUCACAAACAAGGUCCUAACUUGAAUGGCCUCUUUGGAAGACAAUCUGGCACCACCCCUGGUUAUUCUUAUUCAGCUGCAAACAAGAACAUGGCCGUCACCUGGGGAGAGAAUACACUUUAUGACUACUUGCUAAAUCCGAAGAAGUACAUUCCUGGAACUAAGAUGGUUUUUCCUGGAUUGAAGAAACCUCAAGAGCGUGCAGAUCUGAUUGCAUAUCUCAAGGAGGCUACUGCUUGAGAACUCAGAGCGAUAUCAAUUUUCUGAUAGCUAAGAGAUACAGUAGUUGUUGAUCCCAAAUUGGGGACUCUUUUUCAAGAGGAAGUAGUUAGAUACUUUGGUAAAUAAGAGCAUCAUAUUUCUAUGAGGCUAGAUAAUUUUGUUACCUAUGAAAUGCAGGGAGUAUUUUCAUCUACAUAUUAUUCAUAUGUGGCUUACUGGAGUUCAUUAACUUUGCCUUUGAUUUUCACCUA